GUUCAAACGCCACAGCUAACUACCUCCACCUUCUCUCUCCAGAGCUUUCUGUACUUUCUUGCUCUACGUAUCUCGCCGGAAAAUGAAGCCGACCAUUGGGAACGGCGACAAGAUCCGGCACAUUGUGAGGAUCCAGAAAAUGCUUCGUCGAUGGCGGAGGAUGGCUGCGUGUUCGUCGUCGUGUGCGUCAGAUGUAGUCAUUAGGGUUCCGUCCGACGUCCCAGCCGGCCACGUCGCGAUCUGCGUGGGGAGCAGGUACAGGAGGUUCAUCGUGCGCGCGUCGUACCUGAACCACCCCGUCUUCAAGACGCUCCUCCUCCAAGCCGAGGAAGAGUACGGCUUCGCCAACCACGGUCCCCUGGCGAUUCCCUGCGACGAGUCGGUGUUCGAGGAGGUCCUCCGAGUAGUGUCCAGGCGCGAAUCGAGCCUCUCGCCGCGAGUCACCAUGGUUGACGACUUCCAGAGAUCCUGCCACGUGGAGUCUCGGCCGUUGCUCCACCGUUUCGCGGAGAAUUCCAUAUGUUAAUCAACUAGUGAGUCGUCCCGAGUUGAGUGAACUCAGCUGACUGUUAUUUAUUUAUUAAUUUAUUAGUUAGCGAGUUAUUUCUUUCUAUUGUUUAACCUUGAGUCGCCCCGAGUCAGAGGAGGCGAGUUAGGAAUAGCACAAAAUUUUUGAUUUUUUUUUAUAUUAUUAUUAUUUUAUGUAUGCCAUUUCAUCUUCCUAAUGAAUCGCAAUUAAUUAUUUUUAAUUA